GCGCCAGCUCGGCUCAGCUGGGAGUGGACGUCAACACAACCCGGGUCUGUCCUCCCAUAACUUAACUUUGGAGGCUCGGCGGAAACAAACACAGCCGUUCAUUUAUCAACUUCGCCACGUCUCUAACAUUGUCUCGCUGAGAGGUGAUGCUGGGUGUGGCUGGAAUGACGGGCAGCAUUGCUAAUGCCCUUGCCAGUGCGGCUUGUGAGCGAUGCAAAAGUGGCUUUGGCCCAACUGAAAAGAUUGUCAAUAGUAAUGGAGAGCUGUACCAUGAGCAGUGCUUCGUGUGUGCCCAGUGUUUCCAGCAGUUCCCAGAAGGGCUCUUCUAUGAGUUUGAAGGCAGGAAAUACUGUGAGCAUGACUUCCAGAUGCUCUUUGCUCCUUGCUGUCACCAGUGUGGGGAGUUCAUCAUUGGUCGUGUCAUAAAGGCCAUGAACAAUAGUUGGCAUCCCGACUGCUUCUGCUGUGACAUUUGCCAGGCUGUGCUUGCAGACGUGGGGUUUGUCAAAAAUGCUGGCAGGCACCUGUGUCGCCCAUGCCAUAACCGCGAGAAAGCACGAGGUCUUGGCAAGUACAUCUGCCAGAAGUGCCAUGCCAUCAUUGAAGAGCAGCCGCUGAUCUUUAAGAACGACCCAUAUCACCCCGACCAUUUCAACUGCAGCAACUGUGGUAAAGAGCUAACUGCUGAAGCUAGGGAGCUGAAGGGAGAGCUCUACUGUUUACCCUGCCAUGACAAGAUGGGGGUUCCUAUCUGUGGGGCCUGUAGAAGACCCAUCGAGGGACGUGUUGUCAAUGCCAUGGGCAAGCAGUGGCACGUGGAGCAUUUUGUGUGCGCCAAGUGUGAGAAGCCCUUUCUUGGUCAUCGCCAUUAUGAACGGAAAGGUCUGGCUUACUGUGAGACUCACUACAACCAGCUGUUUGGUGACGUGUGCUAUCACUGCAACCGUGUGAUUGAAGGCGAUGUGGUCUCUGCUCUCAACAAGGCCUGGUGUGUCAGUUGUUUCUCCUGCUCCACCUGCAACACAAAACUCACUCUCAAAGAUAAGUUUGUUGAAAUUGACCUGAGGCCAGUAUGCAAGCACUGCUAUGAGCGCAUGCCUGAGGAACUCAAACGGCGCCUUGCCCGCCGUGAACGUGAUGCCAAAGACCGCAAGAAAAAACCUAUCUGUCUAUAGAAUUAUUUUAUUUAACUCAACACUGUGUAUGCCUUUGACAUCAUGACCUGGUGUCACUUUUUCAUUUCUUUCCUAAGCUUUAAUUCAGAGCCUGUGGCAAUGUGGAUUAAUGUUGUGAAGUAUUGGAUUUGUACUGCAAAUCAUGAGGUCACUUAUAUAAAUCAUAAGAUUACAGUUUAUAGGAACCUUGGUUGAAAUGUAAUUUUUGGGUUUUAAUAAGAAAAGUAACCAUCUACUGCAGGAAGAUUUUGGCAAUUUUUGUGAUAAAUCCAUAUCCCACAGUUGUGGCAACUUAAUGUAGUGACUAUACUGUUAUAAUAGAAGAUUUCAGCCCUAAGUGGUAGUUUUAUUUAUGCAGGUUUAUGGUCAGUCUGUAUGAAUGUGUAGUAAAAGAGAUGUUAUAUUACAAGAAGUCUUGUCACAUGAUCUUAAGUUUAUGUGCUUCUUUGCAGGAACAAAUUUGUCGAGUUUGACAUGAAGCCUGUUUGUAAAAAAUGCUAUGAGAAGUUUCCUCUGGAGCUGAAGAAACGACUCAAGAAGCUGGCUGAGUCCUUAGGACGCAAGUAAACAGUUUCAGGCUGAACAACAUGAAAGUAUUUCUACUGUCUCUACUGUUGUAAAACCAACCUGCUAUAAGAACUGCUUCAUUACUCAAGGGCCCAGUAUUAUACAGUACAUCAUUGUUUUGUUUUUUUCCCCCUAAUAUGGUAAUUUUUUUUAGUACAUUCCUAAAUUUCUCCUGUUUUACUAAACUCUCCUCUUUUUCUUUGGAAAUCUCUUUUUUAGCAUAUUUUUAGUUCCACUUGUGCCUUGAUUUUAUGUGUCUAAACUUUCAAACAAUGGUUAAAAUGCAACUGGUAAAUACUGUUAUGCCUUAAUAUGUUAUUAGAGAAGCAAAGUACCUACUGAGAGCAGAAUUUAACCAGAGUUUUCAAAUUGUAUUGAGUGGAACCUCUGUCUUAUUGGUGUGGAGAUAUUAACCGUACUGUAUAUGUCCAGUAUGUGUGAUAAUGUUAUGGUAUUGCUUGUACUGUAAUUGCUUGGGUGUGUGUAUCAGAUAUUUUCAGCUAUGCUUGCAUCUUCCUGAGGGAAAUGGUUCAAAGGAAUUCAAGAUGAAAUGAACGUUCAGCUGAUUAUUUAACAUAAAGAACACUUUGAUGUUAAACUAUUACUGUGAGUCAGCAUAAUGCCUCUGUUGCCUACUUUUGGAUGCUUAUAACGGCAAAAAUGAUUUAAAAUGAGAAAUACCACACAACAAAAGUGCAUUAGUAUGGAGAAGCAUUUUUUUUUAUAAUGGGGCUGUUUUUCUGUAUUAAUUUCUGCAGCAUUUGUCAGAAUUAAUAUUUGAAUUCUCUGCAUGAUGCAGGGUGUACAAUAUGCAUAAAUCAUCAAUUUAUAUUUGUUUUCUGCUAAAAAUUCAAUAAAGUGUUCAUAAACAA